UUUCCACAAUUAGAUAAAAUCUCUCUCGCUCUCUCGCUCUCUCUCUCUCUCUGCUCUCUCUCCGCACUUCAUUGCCUGAGCUGCGAACUUGGGGAAGACGAUACAGAGAGUCUCGGCAUAGUCAAUCGAGCAGUAUCAACGACGGCUCUCAUAAAGCUACAAAAUAUUUAAGGAUCAGGCGACGAGCUCCUCAACCAAGAAUGGAGUCCGCAAACAGAUUGGUAGGAGCACUCAUGAAAGCGACCAACAACAACACGGUUAUCGAUGUCUGCCUCGUUGGUUCUUUCUUGGCCCUGUGUUAUCGAUCAAUGAAACAGCAGAAGGACAUUAAAGCCUUGGAAGAGGAAAAGAACUCACUCAUCAAGUCCAACAAUGCGAUGAAGAAGGCCACGUGGGACUGGAAGCAGCAGCUUUUCGCCGAGGCCUCCUCUGCUGAGUCUGCCCUCGUCCCUCUGUCUAGACUCCAGGUUAUCUAUGGGGAGGCCCCUGCCCCUCGAACAGAUGAUUCUACGAAGGACAAAGCAGCAGAAGCAGCACCCUCCAAAUUCGUUGUGUGAAGUUUCAUAGGUGGAAGCAUUAAGCAAUUGGUUCAGGGCUUAAUUGCACCAUGACUAUCCAAUAUCUGACAUGCAUAAAAAAAUGUAGCUUCCGAGCUUGAGCAGUUCCUGCAAUUUUUAUCGGUCGGACCAAUUUUCUGCCAUCUUAUGUUAACAGGCACGAUUGUUCUGUCAAAUGAUCAAGAUAUAUUGACACUUGAUGAAAUUUUGUGUACA